AUGAAAACGGCAUUUUUGCCCGUUGCCAAGUGGCUGGAGCUAGGUGCCAUCUGCAAAUGUGAUGAGAGUUGUGUCCUCGAGGUCACUGAUGAAGUUGUUAAACAGGACAAGUCCCAGUAUGGACACUUGCAUACUUCACUCAUCACUGGCUUCCAGGUGGGCACUCAAACACCAAUUCUGAAAAUCAGAGAUAUCACAAACCAGCCCCAUCUACCACCUGGUGUAAAGCAGGACAGGCCUGUGGUCCUCCGAGCACACUCAGCUGGAGCUGGAGCUGAGGAGCUGAACAAAGAUCUUCCUGAGAAGGACAAAAGAAAUUUGUCUAUACUGUUGGCAGGAUGGGACCUUGGCUCCAUCUCCACCACUGUCCCCAAAUCCAUGGCCAAUUCCCUCUGGAACACCAGGGCCAUUUCCUACUCUGGAUGUGCUGCCCAGGUCUUUCUGGUUGUCUUCUUGCUUUCAGCAGAACAUUUUCUCCUCACUGUCAUGGCCUAUGACCGUUUUGUUGCCAUCUGCAAACCCCUGCACUAUGGCACAAUCAUGGGCAGCAGAGCUUGUGUCAGAAUGGCAGCAGCUGCCUGGGCCAGUGGCUUUAUCUAUUCUCUCCUGCACACUGGAAAUACAUUUUCACUACCCCUCUGCCAAGGCAAUGCUGUGGACCAGUUCUUCUGUGAAAUCCCCCAGAUCCUCAAGCUCUCCUGCGCAGAUUCUUACCUCAGGGAAGUUGGGCUUAUUGUGGUUAGUGUCUUUUUAGUCUUUGGGUGUUUCAUUUUCAUUGUGCUGUCCUACGUGCAGAUCUUCAGGGCUGUGCUGAGGAUCCUCUCUGAGCAGGGCCGGCACAAAGCCUUUUCCAUGUGCCUCCCUCACCUGGCUGUUGUCUCCCUGUUUGUCAGCACUACAGCAUUUGCCUACCUGAAGCCCCCCACCAUCUCCUCCCCAUCUCUGGAUCUGGUGGUGACUGUUCUGUACUCAGUGGUGCCUCCAACACUCAACUCGCUCCUCUACAGCAUGAGGAACAAGGAGCUCCAGGAGGCAAAGCACAAAUACCCUCUGUGUGACCCAGAGGCCUUCUGUAAGGGCAAGGGCACCGCCCGCGAGGGUGUCAGCCUCAGCCCCGGUUCACCUUCCCAUAAGGAGCAGUGA